AUGUCCUUCUUCUCCGGCGUGUCGCGCGCCAUGUGGGAGGUCGUCGGCGAGCCGGCGCUCACGCGUCUGGGCCUCUACGAGCCCGAGGACCGCACGUACGGCCGCGCCGAGAUUCCCUUCUCGCCGAUGGAGAAGCGCCUGCAUGCCAACCCCGACGUGACGGUGUGGUUCGGCAAGGCGAUGCACCCCAACGGCCUCGACUGGUCCUGGUACCAAGUCUGGGAGGACCGUGCCGCCAUCAAGCGCACCGGCCGCGUGGCCGACAUGAUCUUCGUGCACGGCACCGGCGUGCACUCCGGCACGCUGGCGAGCCACUCGCGCCGCUACCUCGACGCCGGCUUCCGGCUCAUCGUGCCCGACCUCGUCUCGCACGGCUACUCGACGGGCCUGCACGUGUACCAGCGUCAUCUGAGCGCCUACACCGAGGGCCUGCACGCCGUGCUGCACGACGUCGCGCGGCGUGACGACGACUCGGAGAACGACGGCAAGCCGCGGCGCAAGGCCGAGCGGCGCACCACGUUCAUGCUCGGCCUCUCCUUCGGCGGCCUCGUGGCGCACAUGUAUGCGCUGCACUACCCGCACUCGCUGCGCGAGGAGGAGCAGGGCGACGACGAGGUGCCCAUCGACGGCAUCAUUGGCGUCGGCCCCAUCAUCGAGUACGCGCGCAGCAACAUCAAGAUUCCCUGGCUGCUGCAGCAGGCCAUCUGGUACGGCGACACGUACUGCGGCCUCGGACGCGUCGAGGUCAUCGUGCCGCACAAGAAGUGCCUCGACAAGGACCCCAAGGUGUACAAGACGCUCGUCACCGAGGACAAGCGCAGCCACCAGGGCGCCUUCCGUGUCGGCCACCUCCUCUGCAUCCACUUUGCCGCCGAGGAGAUCCAGAAGCGUGCGCACGAGAUCCGUCACCCGACAUUCGUGCAGCAGGGCGGCCAAGAUCGCGUGGCGUGCCACGGCGCCGCGAUCAACUUCAUCCGCGACAUCUCCUCGACGGACAAGCGCAUGGCCAUCUACCCCGUCUGCCAGCACGUCAUCUACCGCAAGGCCAAGACGGAGGAGGAGGAUCUCGCUGGGCGCGUGGCGUGCGUCGAGGACAACGUCGAGUGGAUGUGCGAGCGC